GUCUGCUCAGCUUUGGCUACCCUGGAUUAGAGUUUUCCUGCGGGCUUAGGGGCACGGCUAGCAGUCUCAGAGGAGACAGGACUCUGGCUCCAGAAGCACGGAUUCGAGGAGGGUCAGGCCUCAGGGACUCGCAACCGAAAGCGGAAGAUUGUCCUGAAGAAAGCUCUUUGAAGACUUCCAGAAUCCCCUUCCUGAGAUGGCCCAAGACCAGCCUUUGCUGGCUGUGCAGGAGGUCCUGAGGAAGUGCUUCCCCGUGGUGGAGGAGCAGCAGGGCCUGUGGCAGAGCACUCUGCAGGGCUGCUCGCCCCUCCUCUCCUCUCUCAGCAACCUGGCUGAGCAGCUGCAGGCUGCUCAGAAUCUGCGGUUCGAGGACGUGCUGGCCCUUCGUCCCUUCCCGGACUUACAGGAGCGGCUGAGGCGCAAGCAACUGGAGGCUGGUGACAUUGUCCUGGACAAGCUAGCUGAAAGGCUAGCCACCCUCCUCAAGGUUCGAGAUACCAUCAGCAGCCAUGUGCAGCGGGUGUUUCAGACCUACGAGCAGCAUUCGGCUGCACUUGACAUGGAUGCUAUCCUGCAGCCCUCGGCUGUGAGCCCCUCUGUGGCUGACAUGUUGGAGUGGCUGCAAGACAUUGACAGAUAUUAUCGAAGCUCAUAUCCUUGAGUGUACCUGAAGAGAAAAUACCUCCUCUCCAACAUUCACUGGGGAGACUUGGCCAGCAUCCAAGCAUUGCCUAAGGCCUGGGACCAAAUUUCAGAAGAUGAAUGCCAAACACUUGUACCAGAUAUCCUGGUAAGUGUCUCCUUCUUCCUGGAGGAGCCAGGAAGCUGCACAGUGUCUGGAGAUCUGGAGCCCCGAAGUUGAGCACUGUCAUUGCCGCCUGGACUGUUUCUAAGUCAGCAUUGCAGCCUGAUGGACUGAGAUACCAAUGCCUAUGGUAGAGGUCUGGAGGGCUUCUUCUUGCUAGGCCGUGGCCAAGGGUCCAUGACCACUGCACCUGCGGCUCUGGGAGGAGGAUGGGGUGGAGGAAAUAGGAAAGGCAGCGCUGAUAAGCAGUGCCCAUCUCCACUGGUAGACUUGAAGUGGCAGGAAGGAAAGGACAGAGGGUAAAGGUCCAUGGCUGCCUCUGUCUCUGCCAGCUGAAGAAGUACUUUGGGUCUUGGUUGUGUCACUAUCUGAGUCCUUAAUGGUUUAAAGCUAGGAGGUGGGUCUAGGAGUGCAGGGCAGUAGCAGUGUGUGUGUGGCAUACAUGAAGCUCUGGAUUCAAUCCUUUGCCCACCCAAAAGAGGCAGGGAUUAAAGGGAAGGAGCAUUUAAAAUGUUCAUCCCUUCACAAUAGGAAUCAAGCCAAUUUUCAUUUCCAAAACCAGCCAGCAGGGGGAGAUGGUGCAGCGUGAGUGGUUCUGAAUGCUUUGUCCUGGAGAGGUCCCCUGUUGCUGUUAGAAGUAACUGAGGCGGGCUGGGGAGAUGGCUCAGCAGUUAAGAGCAGUGGUUGCUCUUCCAGAGCACCCACAUGGCAGUUCACAACUGUAUGUAACUCCAGUUCCAGGGGAUCUGACGCCUUCACACCAAUGCACAUAAAUAAGUUAAAUAUUUUUUUCUUAAAGUAGCUGGGGGCUGGGAAUAUCCCAUCCAUCACUGGGGAGGCAAAGAUGGGAGAGCUCUGUGAUUUUGAGAUCAUCCUGGUCUGUGUAGCUCCAGACUAACCAAGGCUACAUACUGAGACGCUGUCUCCAAAAAAGGGAAAAAAAAAAAAAAAAAGGAAAAAGAAAAGAGAGAAAGAAGUUAACUGAGAAUAAUGAGACUCCCCAGUUCCCCAGAUGCCAGGGUUGGGACUCAGGUGACAUCUCAUUGGCUACAUUCUGAGUUUGGAGUGACCUCUGACUGGUCAGGUAGGCGAACAUGCCAGCUGUGAUCGUUAGUUUUGAUUGUUCAUUUGACACAUGGGGAGGGGGGUGUCAAUGAGGAAUGUUCUAGAUUUUCUUUAUCUGAGUGUGGGUCGUGUUAUUUCAUGGCUGGGCUCUAGAUGGAAUGAGAGAGAGAACAGGCUGAGCACCAGCAGGCAUGCACUGAUCCAUUGUUCUUUACCAUGGGUGUCAUGUGACCGGCUGCUUCAAGUCCCUGUAGCAGUGGGCUGUACACUCAAAUUAUGAGCCUAAUAAACCCUUUCUCCCUUCAGUUGCACUUGUCUGUGUUUUAGGGUUCUCUGAAGGAACA